CGCCCGUGUUGCCCUCACUCGCGUGCUCGCUGCGCGCCUUGCUGUCGCUCCCCUCGCUUCGCGCGUCCUCACCACCCACGCAUGUGUUACCCACGCCUAAUCCUGCCGCGCCAACCUCGCGCCUUCCUGCCAGCCUGCGCGUGUCCCAGCCACGGCCCAGGCCCGUAUCGCCUACGGCGCCCCCGCGUACACCCGUUCACCUGCCCAUCUUGCGCCCGCGUUCUCCCCGCCAAACCCGCGUGUGCGGCCCGUUCGCCGACUUGUGCGCAUCACGUGCCGAUGCGCACCUUUUGCCCUUUCGCUCCUCACUAGUCUCGCCGGACUCCAAUGCCACUUCC